AACCCGGAAGUAGCCUACAAGGUCAGGGUGCAAGUGUUGCUCUUGCACAGCGUCAAAGCUCCAAAACUAAGAGCUUUGUGGUUUAAAAGGACAAAACUGCAUGUGAAGCUGUCUGCAAGAAAAAGGGUGUUAAAAUUUGGAGCUUGUAUCCAUCUGGAUGUUGAGCAUUCGAGCUCUGUUUGGGAUCGGCUUCCUGGUGACCUCACGAGCCACGACAGCCCUUGCUCAGGCAGGGACAUGCCCGUUGCCCGCUGCAGCUAACAGCCACAGAAAGGACUGUUUCAGCAGCAGACCAGCGUCCACCAUGGCCCAGGCCAUCAAAUAUCUCGGGCAGGAGGAGGCCCAGCACAUCGACGAGGAGCUCUUCAGUGAGUACGGCUUCAGUGUGGAUCAGCUGAUGGAGCUGGCUGGACUCAGCUGUGCCACAGCCGUCACACGGGCAUAUCCACUUACUUCUCUGGUGAAGGCCAGACCUUCUCUGCUAGUGAUUUGUGGACCAGGUAACAACGGGGGCGAUGGCUUGGUCUGUGCCCGGCAUCUGAAACUCUUUGGUUACGAGCCGACCAUCCUGUACCCAAAGAGGCCAAACAAGCCGCUGUUCCAAGGCCUAACCACACAGUGCCAGAAAAUGGAGAUCCCCUUCCUGACUGAGAUGCCUGAGGCCAAAGCGAUUGAUGAAGCGUACAACCUGGUGAUAGAUGCCAUCUUUGGCUUCAGCUUCAAGGGAGCUGUGCGAGAGCCCUUUGGCUCCAUCUUGGACACACUGAAAAAGUCCACAGUGCCCAUAGCCAGCAUCGACAUCCCCUCAGGUUGGGAUGUGGAGCAGGGUAGCACAGAUGGACUCCAGCCUGACAUGCUCAUCUCUCUCACUGCACCAAAGAAAUCUGCCUCCCUGUUUAAAGGACGAUAUCACUUCUUGGGAGGCAGAUUUGUGCCACCUGGCUUGGAGAAGAAAUAUCAACUCAACUUGCCCCAGUACCCUGGCACAGACUGUGUUUUGCAACUCUAAGAGAUGUGGGCCAUCACUGAAGGGAAAUAAGCUGUCACUGGCAUAAUAAAGCAAUCAGCUUAGCUCAGCAUAAAGGCUGUAAACUGGGUAAAACAGCCAGCAGCGCGACAUCCGUUCACUCAUUAACACGUCUUGUUUGUUGAUUUUAAGAGAGCUUAUGUGAUAUAACCGUAUGCUGUCAUCACACCUGCAGCACAAUGGCAGCAUCAGCUAAAGUAAAUAUGAAAAUAAAAAAAUUCUUUCUCUGACAAACUGACAAACUUUUUAAAGUUCAUAUAUUCUGCUUUUCCCUGUUUUUUUUUUUGUUUUUUUUUAACAUAUAGUACACGUAUAUACGUGAUGGGAGAAGGGAGCGGGAGAUCGACAGACGGAUUGGUGCAGCGGCUGCAGUGAUGCUGACGCUGUACCGGUCUGUUGUGGUGAAGAGAGAGCUGAGUGUAAAAGCGUAGCUCUCAAUUUACCGGUCAGUCUACGUCCCUACCCUAUUAGUGCUGGGCGAUAUGACGAUAUAUAUCGUGUGGACGAUAGAAAAGUGUCUAUCGUGCCAUUUGUCUUCUAUCGUUUCUAUCGUUUUUAACCCAAAUUUUACAAAUUAUUACAUAAAAUAUCUCAUUAACCCUUUACUAGCGGUCGGAGCAGGCACACUCCGUUUUCCCUAACUAUUUUUAAAUCCCUGUAGAACUGGAACCACGUACGGUAGCGCAAUAAUGUUUUUUUUUUUUUUGCAUAUGAAACCGUAGGAGUUGUACUUACAUCUUAUUCCAUUAGCUUGCCCUAGGUCACGGUUUCCUUCCGCAUAUAGCUUUGCAAAAAUUGCAUGAAAAGCACUUGCAGCAACAAAAACAUAAUAUUCCAGACUUGCAGCAACAAAAACAUAAUAUUCCAGAAUAUUCCAUUUGCCGAUCCGAUCAGCUGUUCAUAACAAUUCCUACAUUGGAAUAUAAGUCAGCUCGAACUAUCGCAUGUCCGCCAUUACCUGUCCGAAACCGGAAGUGACGCCAUUUACGCGGAAAAUGUAGUUUUUUAAGCUUCAAAGCCUAUGUUGGUGUUUUUAAAAGUCAUGUUUGACUUUAUGCUCUUCUGUAUCGUUUCUGGGAUGCUUAGAAGUCAAAUUACACUGUUGUAAAUAGUUUAUUUUGAUGCACAUGCUGUGUUUUUGCAAAGUUGCAUUUAUUUAUUUUCAUUUUUCCUGUAGUAUAUAAAAAUUUGUGUAUC